AUGUCUCGAUUCGAAGUUAAGUUGCAUGCCAACAAUCUCACUUUCUCGGCCUAUAGCUCAUAUACGGAGCAUCAACUGGCCCAAGUGACUCCAGACCGUAUCAUCCUUCUUCUCCAUGGUUUCCCAGAUACAAGACAGUCAUUUGACGAAAUUUGGCCAAUUCUCGAGAAAAAGUAUCCUGCACCAUCGACAUUACUGCUGGCACCUUCUCUAAGAGGUUAUGAGCCAGAAACUGUGCUUCCAAGUCGUCUCUCAUAUACCCCAACUGACAUCGCAUCCGAUGUCAUCGGCUGGAUCAAGGAGAUCAUUGGUGACAAAAAGAUCCCUGUUCACUUAAUUGGCCACGACUGGGGUGCAUUAGCCACUUUCCGAACUGCUAGUCUUCAACCAGAUCUGAUUACUUCUAUAUCAACUCUGGCAAUCCCAUAUAUGGUGAACUUGAGCCCAUUGGAACUGCUGUGGCAUGUUCCUGAACAGAUUUAUCUAUCCAGUUAUAUGGUCCGCAUGCAAACUAGUUAUUUCUAUGGUAGUCGAUUGUACGAAGAUGCCGUGACCACUGUUGUUGGCGCUCAAGGAAAAGAGCGUAAGGUGCUACCUUACAUUGAGUACCUAUGGAAGUACUGGUCUCCCGGCUGGAAGUUCACCCAAGACGAACUUGCCGACUUCUGUGAAGCUGUUCAGAAACCUGGUGUAGUCGAUGCUACUACCGGCUACUACCGUUCUUUGGCUGCCAAGCGUGACAGAUACUGGAGAGUGGAUUUCAACAAAGUGCCAGGUUUGUUAAUUGGAGGCAGGGACGACGGUUGUAUGUCUUACAGGCUGUAUGACCUCCAGAGGGAAAAGCUCGCUCCUUACGGAGAAAAUGUCAAGAUAGCCCUGGUAGACAAAGUCGGCCAUUUCAUGCACCGAGAGAACCCCGUUACGAUCGCCGAGCUGUGUAUUGACUGGAUCGAUAGCCACGAAUGA